AUGGGCCACUCCGGUUAUCCAAAGAUUGAGUAUCGCUUCGUGGACCACGUUCGCUAUCUCGAUGCCUUUUUAGACUCCGUCCUACCUACCGGGGAAAUGUUCCUCGUGGUCCAGGACUGGGGAUCCGCACUAGGUCUGCACUGGGCACACCGAUACUCGGAGCGAGUGAUAGGGAUAGUACUCAUGGAGUUCAUCCGACCCUUCCCAACAUGGGAAGAUGUCGGGCCUUCCAAAGAGGCCCAAGGGAUAUUCAAAGCCUUUCGUACCCCGGAGACCGGGAGGAAACUGUUGAUUGAAGACAACGUCUUCCUGACCCAGAUCCUCCCUGGCGGGAUCAUACGAAAGCUCGGCGCAGAAGAACAGGAAUACUAUAGGCACCCAUUCCUUUCGCAAUCGUCUCGUGAACCAGUCUAUCGCUGGCCAAACGAACUACCCAUCUCCCACCAUCCUCCAGACGUGUGGGACAUAGUCUCAAACUACCGCUCCUGGCUUAUGAAGACAGACAUCCCGAAGUUGCUCUUCUAUACGACGCCCGGAGCCUUUGUGACACCUGAGAAGGCUAGAUGGUACGAAAUGAACAUGGAGAAUGUUCGUCUCGUAGAUCUGGGCGACGGAGUGCAUUAUCUACAGGAGGAUCAUCCGCGACGCAUUGGAGAGGAGACGGCGGAUUUCAUGAGAGCCCUCUUACUAUAA